AUGUGCUCUCCAAAAACAACAAAAUGGGCCAUCCUCAUCGGAACCAACUACCUCCCUGCAUCUAACGAGCGCGAACCUGAAACUGUGUUCCGUGGCUGUGUUGCCGAUGUCGAGCGGAUGAGCGAACAUCUAUGCCUCAACCAAGGGUUCCAGAAGCAAAAUAUACUCAAGUUUAUUUCUCGUCAUCCGGAUGAUCGAUCUGGCAUUGCGCACAAUAGCCACCAGGACGCAACAUAUAGAAAUGUGAGGCGUGGCUUUGACCUCAUAUGUGCAAGAGGCAACCCUGGUGAUAUCGUAUAUAUUCACUUUUCCGGUUUGAUUAGAAGUGUCCCUACAUUAUUGCCUGCAUGGAGUGGUAGACUAAGCGAUAAAGGAUUUGGGCUACUGGACGAUGCCAUCGGUAGGAGGUUUAUCCACGACCUAGAAUUAGCUCUCUUGUUGGCGGGACUCUCUAGAAAACGGCUGGAGGUCACAGUCUUUCUUGACUGUCGCAAACACGAUUAUUCUGCAGUUCAUGAGACGGCUUCUCAAUCAGAGUUCAGCCAGGAGGAGCUGUUGUCAGUCUUUCAUGGGGUCUUCAGCCCGAGGGAUCGAGAUACCUGGCUCCUUAACCCUGAUCCAGCAAGCCCCCAUGUCUUACUGACUUUAGGCUAUAUUGACGGCCAAAGGGUGUUACAGGAACACCUAGAUACCCAGUCUCAAGAGCAUCACGGCACCCUUACCUACCUGUCAUUGAUAAUUUUACGAGAGAAUAAUGGGCCUAAUAUCACGUAUGAUGAACUGAUUCGACAGCUUGGGUUAAUGACCGACCACAGAUUCGGAUACAUACCUAUAUAUAGUGAGGCAACAGUUAUGUAUGCCGGAAAUACCGAAAAGUUAUUCCUCGGUGGCAUGGAUGCACCACGGACGAUAGGGUAUCCGCUACAUUUCCCAGCGAUUUUGAUCAUCAAUAGCAGUGGGGUUAGGUUGCAUGUACUAGGUGGACGAGCGCAGGGCGUUUGCGACGGUGACGAAGUUCACUUUACUCGUGGAACUUAUCUCGAAAAUUCACCAAAGGCAUUGGUUUACUUUUCAGGCCUGCUGUUCGAGAUCUACAUGGUGGAUGAACUGUCAAGUUCCGCGAAACCUGUGGGCAGUUCCGAGGAGGAGCAAGGAGAUUCUCUUACCGAUGAUACCAUAGAAAAAACAUAUAUAAAAGUACACGGCGUGGCGAGGUUUGUAAAGAUACGGCACCAGAAUCUGUCAAAUGAAGAACAUGCCGCAUUAUAUAGUACAAGGCUGCUGCUGAUAGGCAAAUCGAAGGAGCUUGCAAGCCACUGCAAUGUACGGGCUGUUGGCGCCUUUCGAUAUCACAAUCCUGGCCGUCAAAUUUCUACCAGAAGCCCUACAUUGACCUCAGAUGGAAGUCUCCAUUUGCUCUCAGGAGACUGUGCUACCAUUAUAUUUUCCACUGCUGUAAAGGAAACACUAUAUCUUGAUAUUCUCUGCUUUGACAGCACCUUUGGCAUCACCCAUGUCUACCCAAAAACCCCCAGGGAGUACCUAGCUACUAGGUUGCAGAUGGAAAAUGCUCAUGUCAGUUUUGAUGUUCGUUUCUCAUUCCCGAUCCAGAAGAUGGACGACGCGGAAUGCCACCAGGUAACAGAAAUUCUCAAAAUAUUCGUAUCAACUAGGCAAGAGUCAUUUUAUCCACUCGAGUUGCGGCCGAUUGGGGACCGUGCCUUCUUAACAGCAAACCGGGAUCCUGCUGCAAAGAUUUCUCUAGCUACACCUCCGACUGGAUUCGGCCCUUGGUUCAUGGAUGCUAGAGGCAUUAAUUCUGAGGAGAAAGUUCCAUAUGAAAAGUAUGAGCUGGAAGAUCCAGUAGAAGAGAUAUGGUACUGCUUUAAUAUCAAGGUCGUCAUCCAUAAAACGGCAGAAUCUCUAGCGAUGAUAUAA